AUGGGGCUGUCUGGCGGAAUUUACAUGUGGCACUACUUCUGCUGCACACUGAGGGACUCAUCGCACGGCUUCCAGGCCUCUGGUUGCCAUCUCACCCGCUUUCUUCCCGGAUUCUCCCCCUCCCCCUCCCCCUACUCCCUCUUCUCACCCAGGCACUACUUCUUCUGCGCACAGCGGGACUCAUCGCAUGAGUGCCAGGCGAAUCGGAUCGUGGACUUCAACAAGAUCGCAUCUGACGGCCCUCUCGGCCUCUCAUACGUGCACUACUUCUGCUGCGCACAGCGGGACUCAUCGCAUGAGUGCCAGGCGAAGCGGAUCGUGGAUUUCAACAAGAUCGCCUCUGACGGCCCUCUGGGUCUCUCGUAUGUGGGAGACCACAACCACCCGCCGCUCCUGCACAGCGAACCCUUCACCCUAAACCCCACGCACCCUACGCAUCCCAACAAUGCGACUACCCCAACGCAUCCCUCGCAUCCCACCACUCCUACCACUCCGGUCUAUCCAGCCAAUGCAGCAACCACUCCCACUGGAAGCAGCGGUCCUGGUGGUAACCCUGUUACAGCUGGAGAUUUUCGUGAUACUGUUUCUGUGGGGGGGGCAUGUGACAUGAUGGAAUCUCGAAGAGAGCAAAUGACACCCCCACCUUCUCUCACUGCUCCUGCUACCACUGCUGCUGCUGCUGCUGCUGCUGCUGCUGCUGCUGCUGCUGCUGCUGCUGCUGCUGCUGCUGCUGCUGCUGCUGCUGCUGCUGCUGCUGCUGCUGCUGCUGCUGCUGCUGCUGCUGCUGCCACUGCCACUGCCACUGCCACUGCCACUGCUGCUGCCACUGGCACCACAGCUGCCGUUGCUGCGGCUACUGCAGCCAAUGCUGCUGCUGCUCCACCUACCGCUUCUGCUGCUGCUGCUCCUCUUGCUCCUGCGGCUUCUUCCUUUCCCUUCCUGUCUCGUGACGCCAUAGGAAACCACUGCAUCUCCCCACCACCUCCUGCACAUGACGAGACGAUUCUUGAGAUGCCCCAACUAUCAUCCAUGCCCACGGUGCUGAUGGCAGGAGGUGCGGGUGGCGAUGUGUCCAGAUGCGAUGCAUCUGCGUUGGCGCGGCAUGGUGGGUCGGUUUUAGGCGCGGAUGGCGGCAUAUCAGGGGCAGGAGAGCAACAAGUGCAAGGAAUGAUGGGAGCAGCUCAAGCGUACGGAUCGUGGGGGCAGAGUGAAAUGCAUCAGCUGGAGCAGCAGCCUAUGGGAGCUCAAGGAAUGCAGCCGCCGGGACAUCAGCAGCAGCAACAGAUGCGUUUUCAGCCGCAGCCAAAUGACAAACGACAGCAGCAGUGGCAGCAACAGCAGCAGCAGCAGCAGCAGCAGCAGCAGCAGUGUUAUCAGCCGAAUAUUCAGCCACAGCAGCAGCAGCAGCAGCAGCAGCAGCAUUAUCAGCUGAAUAUUCAGCCACAGCAGCAGCAGCAACAGCAGCAGUCACAAAGCAUGAUCCAACAAAACCAGCAAAACUAUCCAAUGUUCCAGCAGCAACAGCAUCCCUUUCGGGAACAGCAGCCAUUGCAGCAACAGCAGCCAUCGCAACAACAGCAACCAUCGCAGCAGCAGCAGCAGCAGCAGCAGCAGCCACACCUGCUGCCCCAACAGCAGCAUCUUCCCGAGCCGCAAGCGCAGCACCUACAGCAGAACCAGCCGCUGCUGAUACCCUCCCUACGGUCCCCGCAAAUACAGUCACCACACCUACAGUCCCCGCAAGCACAGUUCCCUCAGCAGUGGCAGGCGGCUCAGGGCUUGCUGCAUAAGUCGAUGACACGCGCGCAUCAGCAGCUGCAGCAGCAGCAGUGGCCAACGCAGCAGCAGCAGCAGCAGCAGCAGCAGCAGCAGCAGCAGCAGCAGCAGCAGCAACAGCAGCAACAGCAGCAACAGCAACAGCAGCAGCAGCAGCAACCGCCGUCGCAGCAGCAGCAGCAGCAACAACAGCAGCAGCAGCAACAGCCUUGGCAGCAGAAUCAACCCUUCUCCCCCCUCCCUCAUCCCAGCAGAAGCCAAUCCUUCCACGAAUCUUCCUAUUCAACGACCCCAUUGUCGUCCCCUCCCACACGCACCUCCACUCCCCUCCCACCUCCACCGUACUCAAACCCAGCCGCCCCACGCUCCCUCACCCCUCCAGCAGCAGCAGUGCCAGCAACCGUGGGGGCCUUUCAGGUUCAUCUACGGUCCAACCCAUCUGCCCCAUCUCCCUUCUAUGCUGCGCCAUCUUCAGCAGAGCAACAAGGCGGGGCAGCAGCAGCAGCACCAGCAGCAGCGCUGCCAGUAAAGCUGGAAGGCAGGAGCAGAAGUUGCAGCGGCAGCAGCAUGGGCGGGGCGCAAGAGUUGGUGGGUGGUGGCAUGAAGAGUGGUGGCCCAGAAGUCCCUCUGGUGCAAGGGGCGGUGGGUGGUAUACCAGGAGGGUCGCUCCCACAGGGCACGGCUGGUGGUGCUAUGCAGGGAGCAUCUCUGGCACAAGGCAUGGAUGGAGGUCUGCCAGGAACGGGUCUGUCGCAAGGGGUCAUGAGUGGGCUUUCCAGCCUUCCUGACCUUCCCAACAUUCCUGUGAUUCCUGGCUUUUCUGGCCUCUCGAGCCUUGCUGGCGUGUCCGGUGUGUCUGGUGUUGUUGCCCUUCCUUCAGCUCCUGGCGCGUCUACUAUCGCUGGUGGUGUUGGUGGCGUUUCCAGCGUUCCCAACCUUUCUGGCUUGCCAGGAGUGUCUGUAGAUGUGUUGAACCAGCUUCUGAACGAGGAGUGCAGCCUAGGGCCCUCUGAGUCGAUGCUACAAGGGGGAGACCUCAUGCACCUGCUCGGCAUGCACCUGCUGCAGCAGCAGCCACUGCAGCAAGGCACUCAUUCGCAGCAACUGCAGCAGCCACAGCAGCAGCAGCAGCAGGAAACGCAGGUGCAGCAGCAGCAGCAGUGGCAGCAGGAGGCAAAGCAGCAGCCACAGCAGCAGCAGCAACAACUGCAGCCGCCGCAGCAGUUGCAGCAACAGCACCAGCAGCUGCAGCAGGCGCCUCAGCAGCAGCAGCAGCAGCAGCAACAACAGCAGAUGCAGCAGCAAAUCUGGUAUGACCAGGAACGAAUGCCCGUGUCGCAAGGUGCAAGCCAACAAGUCCAAGUGAAGCAGGAGCGGCAGGUGCAGCACGUGCAGCAGGUGCAACAGGAGCAACAGGUGCUCAACUCGCCGACAAUCGUUUGUGAGCAAGCACUGCAGGAGCAGCAACCAACCUGGCAACAUCAACAAAAUCAGCAGCAAAGCAACCAGCAGCAGCAGCAGCAGCAGCAGCAGCAGCAGCAGCAGCAGCGGCGGCAGCAGCCACUCCCUUGGGGUUCGGAUACUGGCCAGAAUGCUCCGUGCUGCACCUGUGACCGUGCACUCGUGCCACCAACCUAUGACCUCGGGAACAGCGUACCAAACAAUGGCCUUAGAGGAAGCACGAGCGACGCUCCUAGUUGCACAGGUAAUGACGACACAGCCACGAGUGAUGGUGGUGCUGUGGCGGCUAACAAUGGCUCGGGAUGUCGAUUUCAUGGUGUGACUACUGUGGCUGAUGUGGCUGGUGUGGCUGGUGUGGCCAGUGUGGCCAGUGUGGCUGGUGUGGCUGGUGUGGCUGAUGUGGCUGGAAACGCGACGAUCUAUAUCCAUGGGGACGGCAGGAGCGGCUUUUCUGCGAUGUGUCUGCUGCGCGGCCUGCCGCUACAGCCUAUCCUGCAGCAGCAGCAGCAGCAGCAGCAGCAGCAGCUGCAUCACCAGCUGAGCUACCAGCUGUAA